AUGCUGAACGAAUCAGUAGAACUCGUACCAGUACCAAACACGAUGAAAAUACAUCAGAUUAUUAACAAUGUUGACUCAGCUAACUCUAUUUCCUACCGUUGUUUAAGUUGCUUCUGCGAAAAGAGUAGACCAGGUUUUUGCGACUGUCUCAAUCUGAAAUCUGCGGACUUGCUAAAGCAAACAGAAAUGUUAAAUGAAAAUUUUAUUCCGUCUAAAACGUCUAUAACAGUAUUAGCUUACAUUAAAAAUACUCAAGAAAACAGGUCUUAUUUUAAUUUGAGACAAUAUGGACCAUUCAAUUUAAAACAAAUAAACCUCAAAACAGACAUUGCUAGCAAAAGUUUGAAAGAAAAUUCUCAUGACAGAAUGAAGAAAUGUUCAAAGAAAAGAAAAAUAAAAGACAUACACCUUAAAACAAAUAAGAAACUUAAAACGGAAGAGGAGAGCUGUACAGACGAAGAUAUGACGAUUUCUGUGCAUGAUACUUCUGAUGAAUAG